CUGACGUUAACCUUGUCGACCUGAGGGAGCGGAGAAUCGCUUACCUCGAAAGCCAGAUGAACAGGCAGCAAGAAUCCAGUCUACUCCAAAAGUGAUUGUCGGCACUAUAGCAAUAGAUUAAUCUUUAUUAUUCCAUUAUAACAAUAAUGAAAUAUGAGGGGACGUUCUAAUACAUAAGAAAGCAUUUAACUUUGACCUGAAGUUUUAGGUUUUAUACCUUGAACCAAUUGUGAGUGGAUCUUAUAAGCACAAUUUUUUAUCACUUUAUAUGAUUAUAUAAUUUCGAUUCAGAGUUGAUUUCUUACUUUCUUCUCAAAUUUGGUCGCAAUCUAUUUUAAUCAUAACAAAUUAAUGGAUUUCAAGUAAAAUGAAACAAUUAUUUCUUUCACGGAUUUUAUCUCAUCUGGGCUAGGAAAUAAUCCAAUGAGUAGGUCACUAUUUUUACUUUUUUAACUAUACCUUACUUGUAAAGUCCGGACGCGUUUCAAGUUACUGGCGGUCUCAUCUUCAGCAUACUGUACUGUUAGGUAGAAGUAGUAAGGCACGCUGAAUAUGGGCUUUGAGCUUUAAAACGUGCCCGCGGACUUUGACAAUUCGGUAAUGAAUUAUUGUUGAAAAUGUGAAAAUAGUGACUCAUUGAUUUGAUAAUAAUAAACAUCUAAAAUUUCAUCAGAAGGUAUCAUUAAUACUACUUGAAUAUUUCCAUUUAACGAAAAAUCUUGAUUAUGUAUCUACUUUAUCAACAAAUAUAUUUUUUAAGCAAUAAAUACAUGACAAAAUUUAUAUGAUCGAAUGUCGAUUCUUUUGAAAAAAAAAUAUUUCUCCAAAGAUUCACCUCUGGAAUAAAAAUUGAGUUUUUUUUUAUUUGAAAUAAGAGCUUUCACAAAAAUGAAUCAACUACUUCAUCAAACGUUAUUGAACCCUUCCCUUGUGUACGUAUCUAUUCCAAGAGUUUUUCUUUUAAAAAUAUCUGACAAACUAAAAUAUAAUCUUGCGAUAGAUGGAUUUAUUUCAAUUGAUGUUUAAUCCAAAAAAUACCUUUCAAGCAAAAAUAGAAUCAUUGCUAAAUAAUUAUUAUGAAUGUUUGCAGAUUUCAAUAAUAUUGUAGGUGAUUUUCGAAUGAGAAUGUAGCUUUACCAAUUUAGGAAUUUUGCAACUACAUAAUAUUGUUGGCUUAGUCAACAUUUGCCAAUUACUUAAUAAUUAAAACAUACUGUGAUUAAUGGACUUUGUGGUCAAAAAAAAA